UGUGUAUAAAAGGUCGUCUGCACAACUAUUUUCAUCUCUUUGUCGGCGUGAAAGCAACAGCAACAACAGCAGCAACAACAAUAAAAAGCUGCAAUGACUGGAGGAUGGACAAACCGUUUGGCUGGUUAUUCUACUGUCUCUAGCAGUGACCGUUGCGGGAGACAACCAAACCGUAGUUCCGCCCCUCUCGCGGUCAACGUCGUCGUUCGGAGCCGCGCUGUACAAGCGCCUGGCAUCUGGUAACCAAGACAACAUCAUCUACUCCCCCAUCAGCGUGUACACAGCCUUGGCCAUGACCUAUCUGGGAGCAGGAGGGGUCACGGAGCAGGAGCUGAGGACGGCUCUCGCCGUAUCUCCCGGCCAGAAUCUUCAUAGCGACCUCAAGAACCUCAUCCCCUCCUUACUUACAAAUGACCCGGAUGCUAACCUCACGCUACGUAUCGCCAAUGCCCUGUACUACGAUGCCGCUCAGAUCAACCUCACAGACAGCUACGUUGCCAACGCGAACCAGUAUUACCAGGCAGGACUGAGGGCCUUCCAGAGACCCAACCCAGAGCAGGCCAUCAACACCUGGGUGGAGGAGGUGACAGCAAACGCCAUCACCAACUUCCUGAAGCCUGGGUACAUCACACCUAGCACCAUCAUCAUGCUUCUCAACGCCGUGUUCUUUCAGGGCGCAUGGUUGUCGAUGUUCGACCCGUCCGCCACCCAGACUGCCAACUUCACCACCAUCUCGGGUGGUGUCAAGCCGGUGCCUUUGAUGCACCAACGGGGCCAGUUCUCCCUGAAGAGCAAUUCAGAUCUUGAGUCGCGCAUUCUCGAGCUGCCAUACAAGGGAGGAAAUCACAGCUUCUUCGUUAUUUUGCCCUUUCAGACAAGUAAUAUAAAGAAGUUGGAGAGAAAGCUGACUCAUCGGAACCUGGAAAGAGCCUUAACGUCCAUGCCAAGACGGGAAUUCUACAGUGUCUACUUGCCAAAGUUUGGUUUGCGCAUGCGUGAAAGUUUGAACCAGCCGUUACAGGCGCUGGGACUGAACACAAUGUUUGAUGCCACGAAGGCCAACUUCUCCGGCAUGGUGCUUGACAAUGGUGUGGCCGUCAGUGAAGUUCUCCAUGAGGCAAUGAUCGAGGUCACGGAGUCUGGAACCAAGGCCGCUGCUGUCACAUCCGUGAGCAUCACCCGCACGGCCAUCGUCCUCCCACCUGAGGAAUUCAGGGCCGACCGCCCCUUCCUCUUUGUUUUGUGGGACAAGAUUCAGAAGGUCAUCCUCUUUCUAGGUCGUGUCGGUGACCCCACGCAAGGUGGCCUGUAGACAUUGCACUGUGACCUCCUAGUCCUCAUUACUUGCUGUGCAUACCUACAUCUUUUUUAUUUCAGUUUUUAAUAAUUUUUAAAAACUGUAAACACUGCUUUCAACCCUCUUACUCUUUCUACUACAAAGCAAUGGUUUACUUGGUUGUACAUCCGUUAAGCCCAUAUCGGAAGAUGUGUUAUUGUGUGUGUAUAUUAACGGAUUCCACUCACACCAUGAUUGCAGUUAUUGUAACCGACUAUAAGUGUCAGAGACUGUAUACACUGUAUGUCAAUGAUACAUGAAGUACAGGACUCGAGGAACAAAAACAGUACAAGCCAAAGAGGUUUCAAAAAUCGUCUGUCUUCUGUAAAAACAGGACAAACACCAAGAGACUGUUGUUGCUUUAAAACCGCUCACACUCCUUUUAAUUAUUUUUAAUUGUGAUACCAAUGGUAUUGUGAUGGUAUGUAUUUGUAUGAUGUGUAAAACUAACAAUAAAGCAAUUUUUUUAAAAUUAA